AGGACCCGCCGUUUGCGUUUGUAAUAUGGAAUAUCGUUCCACCGUUCUCGAUCGACGAGGAGAUCGGGGAACAACCGAGAGAAAGCGAUGCGCAGCCUCGCUCGCAAGCUAUUAAUAUGGCCCGCGACGUUGGUACUGUCCCUCCUGGCCUUCCGUCUGCUAUUUGGCCGAGAUUUUCGAUUGCCAACGACGACACUCGUUUUUCACGAUGACGGUGAUAUCUCCACGUUAGAUAACAGCCAUAUAAAUUCGCAACAGGACGCUGGUCCACCAGGACCACCCGUCUACGCAGCGGGCAUGUACAUGGCGGGUCAGCGACCUCGCAAUGAAAGUGCCUGCAGGUGGUACCAUGGCUUGCCGGAUGUCCUCUCCUAUCCACCAUCCAGACUCACGUGGAGCUCCGAAAUCGGCGAGAAGAGUCCCUACAGGGUUCUACCAUUCGUGUUGCUCGGUGCCGUUGAAGCGACAGACAGUUUGCCCCAAGUCACGCUGUCCACACACGCCACCGCCGAUCAGGUUUACGGAAUCGUGGAACUCGCCAGACGAUGGGAAGGACCGCUUAGCCUGGCGAUAUUUGCACCAGGCCUCGACGCCGGCCUCGCUGUCGUUCAGCUUGAUCGAGCCUGUCGUUGCGAGCCUGCCAUGUACAAGGUUUCCGUCCACCUGGUGUUUCCGGCCGGUCGACCGCCCGCCCUGAGUGCAAUCAGUCGUAUCCAGGGUGAUUGCGCUGCCUCUGAUCUCCAAUGGCGACAGGCCGAAACCGAGAGGCGGAAGAGGAGAAUGACAUAUCCCAUCAACGUCACCCGGAAUGUAGCGAGAACGAUGGCGAACACAUCCCGCGUGCUUGUGUCAGAUAUCGAGCUGUUACCGAGCGCGCGGCUGGCUUCCGGCUUCAUGGAGAUGGUGCACCAUAGACUGCCCAAGCAUGGUGUAGUCUUUGUUGUGCCUGUAUUCGAAAUAGAAUCCAAUGAACAACCGCCGGCGACAAAGCGCGAAUUGCUCGCCGCCUGCCGUGCCGGCUUGGCGGGAUACGGACCGGAUGCCUCUCGCAGGUUUGUCUGUCCACACUGCCAGCGAUUUCCUGGACUGACCAGGUGGUUGAUUAGACCGGACCCGGGUAGAAUCCGACCGCUUAUCGUUACCAGAAGGGAAUAUCCGCAUUACAGAUGGGAACCGUUCUUCAUUUGCACCCCGCUCUACACAGAGGAAAUGUCCUGGGAAGGCAAGCAAGACAAGAUGACCCAGAUGUUCGAGAUGUGUCUUUUGAAUUAUCAUCUGGUCGUGCUCGAUGGUGCCUUUUUAGUACAUACUCCGGGAAUCAAACGAAAAGCACGCAAAAUCAAUACAGCCACACAGGAGUUCUUCCGGUCACAUGAAAGAAGAAAUGCGAGGAUUUAUCAACGUGUGAUAAAGCGUCUAAUCAAGCGAUAUCCGAUCAAUCGUAGGUGCGCGCACUGAUAUAUAUCCGCCGCAAGAUCUCGGCGAGAUAAUUAGCUUUCUUGAAAAAAGAAGAGAUAAAGAGAGACACGUACGGUGCCUGUAUCCGUAUACAAUAGAAAAAUAUUUUUCGGUGACGUCGAAUUUUAUAUUAGACUUAGGAA